CGAGCAAGCAGAACUAACCUCUUCUUUUUGGGUGUGUACAGCGGGCUGCACCCCCAGGGCGAUGCCACAGCUGUAACAGAAUAGACACACCUGAGUGGCGCAGAGGGCCGGACGGUGCGAGGACUCUUUGCAACGCCUGCGGCCUGCACUACGCCAAAUUGGAACGCAAGCGGCAACUCGAGGCGAGGCAAAUACGACCGAAGACCCCUCCACGACCGUGAUGGUCGAAGAAUUCGAUUACGGCGCUUUCGUCACGAGGCAAGCGACCACCGAGAGAGACAAACGCCUGACGAGUUACCGAUGGGCUCUCACGUUAAAUUGGCCAGAUUAGCCACACGAACAUUUCCAUAAAAUCCAAUGCCUGAUACCCCACGAUCCGUCGACCCAGGGCGGGGUUACACAACGAAGAAGAUGAUGUGCCCCAGCGGCGCCAGAAGAACUGUCGCCUUUACCCUCGGAACCCUUUCCUACCAUUUUCUUCCACUCUGCUUUCUUCUUUCUCUUUUCUCUGUCAUUUCAUUUCCUCUCAUCACCUGGCACAGUAAUACCCGGCAUUGGCUGUGCGGCCUCGAUCUGCCAUUGUAUAUACACGAUCUGCUUGGCAACAACGACCGACCCAACUUUUGAGCUUAUACGCUGCGCUAUAUCCGACGCGAGGAUGUGGGCAAUGACUUGACGACUCAACACCCCGCAGUUGUCGGUUACCCAAAGUCAGUCGCCAUUUACGCACUUCUAUUCUUGCCCGCGGGGUGUUUCUCCGGGUCGAACGAGUCGACGAUUCGCUUUUUACCUUUUACGGCCUUGGGUGGAUGGAACGAUACAGGCCAACAUUUUUCUCUCAGUUGUACAGUUAAUUCCUGUGGAGUACGAGGGUUUCUCCUGUUAGUGUAUCUAGAGACGGGGCUUUCAUCAAGGCAGGGAAAAUGGUGAUACCCUGAUUCUGCAAACUACUGGUCUGGCUUUG